UUCAAAACUUCUAAAGUCAACGUUUGACGGUUAACGAAAGAUUUAAAAAUUCGAACGAUUUCUUACAAUUUAUUGCGAUGAUUACAGUUUUGUCUUAUUAUGUUAUGUUAAUGAUUGAAUUCGAGUGCUGUUUGUGUAUAAUUUUGUGACCGGGUGCUAUAAUUGGUGGAGUUUGGUGAAGUUCGACGUACAGUUUCAAUAAUAACAUUAACGUUUAUAUUAGUGCUACAGGAUUCAAAAUGGUUAAAGUGGGCACAGCCCUUGUACCUUCCAGAAGUGGUUCGACGCAGAAUAUGGCCUCGAACAUAAAAGUUGUCGUAAGGGUGCGUCCCUUGAAUGACAGGGAAUUGGGACAAAAUAAUCGCACAGUGAUCGAGGUGAUUGACGAAAAUCGGCUGGUUUUCGAUCCCAAGGAGGACUUGCCGCCUUUUUUCUACCAAGGGGUCCAACAACCCAGUAAGAAUUACCUCAAACGCGCCAACAAGGAGCUGAAAUUCGCAUUUGAUUGUGUCUGCGGGCCAAAAACAACGAAUCAAGAUGUUUUCGAAAGUGCGACGAAAGAUAUGCUGGCUUCUCUAAUGGAGGGCUAUAACUGUUCGGUGUUUGUGUAUGGUGCUACAGGGGCUGGGAAGACCUUUACUAUGAUCGGUAGUAAAGAACACCCUGGCAUUACAUAUUUGACUAUGGAUCACUUAUUUCGCACCAUAAGCGGCUUUCAAGUGGAUAGAGAAUUCGAUAUUGGCGUAUCUUAUAUUGAAGUAUAUAACGAAAAUGUGUAUGACCUAUUAAAACCAUCAUCCACACCUCUACAAUUGCGGGAUUACCCUCAGUAUGGUGUGACGGUAGCGGGGCUGUCUAUACACAACAUAAAGAUAGCACAGGAACUGCUCGAUAUGCUGGAGUUUGGCAACCAGAACAGGACCCAGCACCCCACUGAUGCUAACGCUGAGAGUUCCAGGAGCCAUGCAGUUUUUCAGGUGUAUGUGACAAUGCGUUGCAAGACGAGCAGUCAGUGUCGCAUGGUCAAACUGUCCAUGAUCGACCUGGCGGGCAGCGAGCGGGCGUCCGCCACCGGCUGCGUGGGGGAGAGGUUCAAGGAAGGCGCCAACAUCAACCGCAGCUUGCUGUCGCUCGGCAACUGUAUCAACAAGCUGGCAGACGGUAGCAGCUACAUACCGUACAGGGAUUCAAAGCUGACGCGCCUCCUCAAAGACAGUCUCGGAGGAAACUGCAAGACGGUGAUGAUAGCGAACGUGUCACCAUCAGCAAUCAGUUACGAAGACACCUACAAUACGUUGAAAUACGCAGCGAGGGCCAAUAAGAUCCAGCUCAGCAUAAAGAAGAACAUAAUCGACGGCAACAUGAAUGCCGCUCAGAGUAUGAAACUCAACAAGGAGUUGCAGAGAAAGCUCGAGGAAGAGGAGAAGAAGAAUAAAGAACAUAAGGAAGUGCAGGUCAAGUUGGAGAGGAAGAUCAAAGAGCUGCAAGCCAAGUUGGCUUUGUCUUCGAGUCCAGCAACUGUUGAUGAUAGCAAUGUAUUGGCUAAACAAGCAUUCUGGAGUCAACGCAUCAAUGAAGUAGAGCUUGCCCACGUUGCGCUAGAGAGCAAGUUACUUACUCUGAUGAGUCAGCAGCGUGUGCUCGCUCUAAGGCAUUUUCUACGCACGCGUGCUUUUGAGCACGUCGCCGAUCUUGCACACCGUUCUUCAUGCGACGCACUAGAGCAGAUUUGCACCGAAGAAAUACCGCGUCAAGAACGCGCAUCAGAGAACUAUAUAAAACAACAUGUCAGUUGGAAUUCAAAAAUUAUUGACGUUUGGAACAAUUGGACUGUAAGUGGCAAGAAACUACAGAAAGUACUCGACGAAUGUCUCGCGGACUGCCAAUACUUGAACGAUAUGGUUGAGAAAGUUAAAAUUCAAAGCAAAUACAGAAUAUGUAAAGCCAGCAACGAUCUAAAAGACAAACUCAGUUCAAUUAUGAAGGAGGAGAUUACUGUGUCCACCGAAUGCAUGAGUGAUUCUUUCAAUAUGUUAAAAAAAGUUUAUUUAACCCUCAAAGGUUACGGGCAUGCUCCACCUGCUUUAACUUUAGAGUAUCUCGGGAUAAUGAACAAGGUGAAAUCUGCCAAGAACAUCAGCUGGUCGGAUGAAACGAUAAAAAACGAUCCACAUUUCAAAUUCAUCUCGACCCUUGACUUAGAAAACCCUACUGCUCCACUCGAUUUCAAUCAAGAAGACGUGCCAAAAUCUCAAGAUUUCAACGCAACCAUUGAUAUUGUGACUGAUAGUGACGAUUUGACAGACAUUGAAAACCGUCAACCUUGUGCUAAAAAACGUAAGGGGACACCGAUAAAAUUGCAAAACAAUGAUACAAUUAUAAUAAACGACUCGUUAGAAGCUUUGGACACUCAGAAUUUGAACUCUGCGAAGAAAAUUAAAACUGAAACUAGAUUGCAGUUUGAAAAUCUGAAUAAUUUCGGUGAGAUUGAUCCUAAAGAUUUGAAUUCAACAUUCGUGCUAGCGGGCAAAAUGGAUGUGUCUAAAAAGAUGCCCGUUAAAGUUGAAUCGAAAGAUGUACAGCCGGUGAAGAGAGGUUUGACGGAUCGGACUAACACUCUACAAAGGACUAUAAACUUCAAUAAUGACAAUAAAGCUCGUAUCGUCAAGCCAGUGAUGCCGGUCCGCCGGGUGGGCACCGCCUUGCCAGCCCCGCGUGGACCCGCCUUCGGUUCUAGCGUGUCGCGCGACGGUUCCAACUUCCGAACUAUACAAGGUGGGCAAAAGAACGUUGCGUUGACUGAAAGGUCAGUGGGUUUUAAAGCAGUUCGGGGCCGGGAGAGAGUGCAGGCGCACCCGUACUCGCGUCCCGCACCGUUCGGCGCCAGGAAGUGAACACGAGUGAACACGAGUGAACACGAGUGAACAGGAGUGAACAGGAGUGAACAGAAAUGAACACGAGUAAACAAAGAAGUGACGUAGAGAAUCUUAGUGACCAACAAAAACUUUACUUAUUUAAUGAUAGAUAUGAUGGAGGGACUGCUGAAGUUAACAUAAGUGACUGUACAUUCACUGCCUGUUGAUAACGAAGUGCCAGUAAUAUAAGUGAAAGUAUAAUCAAUUUUUUUUAAUUAUGUGAGAUAAGAUUGAUUUUACUUAAACAUGAGUGUGUUUCGUUAAAAAAAAAAACCACAAUCUGAUUUAAAUAACGCGCCGAGAGAAGUAUUAAAACGCAUUGUUACGCCAGCUCGUAACAUUUUGUAUGUUUUUUUUCUUUAAACUUAAUACUCUGGAAUUGUUUUAUUAAAAAAUACUUAACAGGGCGAUUUUUUUUUAUUAUUUGUACAAAAUAAAUGCAUUUAAAAAAACGCCCGGCUAUGGUCAUUAACGUAUCAACAAAUGCACGCCCACUGCUGGACUUUUUAAGGGGUUACAAAUUCCAUGGUCUCCUGCCACUUGCGUCCAGCGUCCUACGAUGGUGUAGUCUGUCCAACAUGUAUGUGUAUGUGGAAGUUAUGUGUAAGCCUAUUGCCAUAGCUUCGCGACUGGUUUAACUUUGUAAUCAUGACGAAUCACUAUUAUUAUGUUGUACAUCCUUGUAUCUGUGAACCAAAGUAGUGAGCGUGUCUAUAAACAGUGCUAUCCUUUUCAAAGGGACAAAGUGUGAAAAGGACAGAGAGCUGAGGGGGAAUUUAUAAUUUCUGGAUUUUGUCUGGCCUCGUCUGGUGGCUAGUUGCCACACCCUACUGACAAACGUGCUGCUAAGCGAUUUAGCGUUCCGGUACGAUGGCGCAUGGAAACCGAUUAGGGGUAUAACUGCCAUUCUCCCAUACAGGUUAGCCCGCUACUGUUUUAGACUGCAUCAUGGCUUAAUAUUAAGUGAAUUUUCUAGGGUUAACUUGUAGUGAAAAAGAAGAAAAACAGAAUUAUCAAAUUUUCAACCUCCUGCGUGACGAGACGUGAUCUCAUGACGCACCAUCCUUUACGUACGAGCUUUUCCAAAAUUACCGACAAACAUGUAAUCUCCAUACAAAACUGACAUUUACGUCUCGUUUAUAUCUGUCGCGUCUUGUGUAUGUAUUAAUAAAGAGAUUUUAAUAAAUGGUUAUUAGCUUUAAUACAUUUACACAAUAAUAUAUUUUGUAAGAGCGAUUUAUAUAAUUUGUCUAAUAUAAUUAACUUUUUGUAUUGACAUGUAAUUUUAAAUGACGAUUUGACAUAAGUUUUUUGGUAAGCGUUUAAUUAAUGUUUUGUAUCUUAAUGUAUUAGAAUCAGUGUGUUUUGGUUUAAAACUAGACACAUACUGUAAAAAUGCGGUUGUUUGCAUAUCUCUACACUACACUAAAUUGACAAGUCUAAGAGUAGAUAUUAGAGAAUAGAUGAACCUAUUACAGUUUUGGAUUUGUAAAUUUAAUUGUAACACAAUCGAAUAAGUACCUCGUUUUAGGAAAAAUUGUUAAUAGGAAUUGACUAUAAACAAACCUGUCAAUUUAUUGUAGUUUGGAUAUUCGUGUACUACUGAUUUAUUAGAAAUAUUCUUAGAUAAAUUUUUGAUAUAUGACAGUGGCGUAGCGUAGAGGAUAUUAGUAGCCGUGGCAAUUGGGAAAACAAUAGAUGUUAACAAUGACUUUUAUUCUCAAAAGAAACAGUUUCAUUUAAUGAGAAAAUAAAAUUAACAUAAAUAAGUGGUAAU